AUGUUGAGUAAUGAUGAUGUUGUCUCAAUUAAAACUACUGAAUCAGAAGGAAGAUCUGUAUUAGAAAUAGCAGAUGUUGUUAUUGAUGAUGAAGGUGACUAUGUUUGUAAGGCUUCUAAUCCAGUUGGAGUAACCUCUACAAAGGCAUUUAUAUCAGUUAAAGAAGCGGAAACAUUAUCACAUUCUGAAAAUGACUCCACCACAACUUUAAAAAAUUCAUCCAAAGAUAUUCCUAACAUACUUGAUCAUUUACAAGGACAAACAGUUAAGGAUGGGGAAACUUUAACCUUACAGUGUUCUAUAUCAGUAAUCACAAUUCAUUUAUUAGAUAAGGAAAGUGAGAAAUAG